CAUGGUGGAAUUCCCAGCAGUUCAAGGGCCAGCCUUGCCAAAGUCGAGAACAUAAAGGUUUAUGCCGCCCGAUGAAGGAGAUUUCUGUAGCGUAAUAAUGGGAGACAAAGAAAGACGGCUUAAAAAGAUGUAGACCUUUGAGUAGUUUUCUGUUCCAGGCCCAAGGCUGGUCAGGAUCCACAUCCAAUGCUGGACUCUUGUUCUUAGCCAUACUUCUUUUUCCAAGACAUCCACCUGGCUAGUAUGUUGUGAGGGGAACCAAGGGCUCUUCCUUUCCUUCUCGUAUUGGGAAAGCUCCAAGCCAGUGGUUAUACAAUCAAGGAGAACAUUUCUAGGAUCCACUCCCUUAAUCUCCUCAUUGAAAUUCAGGAAGCUGUGUGCCUGCUCCUGGCUGAAGUGCAGAUUGGCUGAGCUUUUGUUCCACUUAUGAAUACUUCUUGCUGGAAGUCCAUCACCCAGAGGCCUGCUCUCCCAAUUGCCGGACGACAGCAGAGCGCCAUGACACGGGAGGGGCAGUUCAGGGAGGAGCUGGGCUAUGACCGGAUGCCCACACUGGAGAGGGGUCGGCAGGAUGCAGGACGGCAGGACACAGGCAGCUACACCCCUGACUCAAAGCCCAAGGACAUGCAGCUGUCGAAGAGGUUGCCCCCGUGCUUCAGCUACAAGACAUGGGUAUUCUCUGUGUUGAUGGGGAGUUGCCUUCUUGUGACCUCUGGGUUUUCGCUCUACUUGGGGAACGUGUUCCCCUCCGAGAUGGAUUACUUGCGCUGUGCAGCAGGCUCUUGCAUCCCCUCAGCAAUUGUGAGCUUCGCCGUUGGGAGGAGGAAUGUCAGUGCGAUUCCCAACUUUCAGAUAUUGUUUGUUUCCACAUUCGCUGUUACCACUACGUGUUUAAUCUGGUUCGGAUGUAAACUGAUCCUGAAUCCGUCAGCCAUAAACAUUAAUUUCAACCUCAUCCUGCUCCUGCUCUUGGAGCUUCUCAUGGCAGCCACAGUGAUCAUCUCGGCCCGGUCUAGUGAGGAGCCCUGCAAGAAGAAGAAGGGCUCCAUCUCAGACGGCACUAACAUUCUGGAUGAAGUGACUUUUCCUGCUCGGGUCCUAAAGUCCUACUCUGUGAUAGAAGUAAUUGCUGGUGUCUCUGCUGUCCUCGGUGGGGUGAUCGCUCUAAAUGUAGAGGAAGCUGUCUCGGGACCACAUCUCUCAGUGACCUUCUUUUGGAUUUUAGUGGCUUGUUUUCCAAGUGCCAUUGCCAGCCAUGUGACAGCGGAAUGUCCCAGCAAGUGUCUGGUGGAGGUGCUGAUCGCCGUCAGCAGCCUUACGUCCCCACUGCUCUUCACGGCCUCUGGAUAUCUGUCCUUCAGCGUGAUGAGAAUCGUGGAGAUCUUUAAAGAUUACCCACCAGCCAUCAAAUCCUACGAUGUACUCCUGCUGCUCCUGCUGCUGCUGCUGCUGCUUCAGGGAGGGCUCAACACUGGCACCGCCAUCCAGUGUGUGAGCUUCAAAGUCAGUGCCCGGCUUCAGGCUGCAUCCUGGGACCCCCAGCCGUGUCCCCAGGAGCGACCAGCAGGGGAGGUGGUCCGAGGCCCUCUCAAGGAGUUUGACAAAGAGAAAGCCUGGAGAGCUGUGGUGGUACAAAUGGCCCAGUGACUACAGGAUAAAGAAACUGAGUCUGGGUGUCUGCCUGGCCCCCGGCAUACUCCACUGUACGGACUCUAACCAUCAGUUGGCUACUGCUUUCUAACAUACUCUUUCCCUCCCGUGAGGGCAGCCCAGGCUGCAAGGUUGGGCUUUUUGUUUCUGGUAGUAGUUUAACUUUGGAACAGGCAAAUGUUGAGUGUCUGGCCCUGUUAGGUGUCAGUUGUGUGCAUCUCAGGUGACCCUGAUGGCCUGGGUGAUGCUUGUUUUCCAGCCCUCCUCACUACCUGAUUUGACCCUCAUUCACCAGAAUCUGGUAUUUUGGCCUUAGGGGGCUUCCACAUCUUUGCAUGCUUGCUACAGUGCGGGAUAGUUUGGCUGUGAGACUCACAGAUGGUUUGCAUACUGUCUCCCAAACCCCAGAGAACAGUUGGAUUCUCCCAGCUGUCAGAGAAACAAGGAAUAUAUAGUAAGUUGGGUCCUUUGUGAAACUGGGGAUCAUUUUAGGAAUUGCUUUCUGGGAGGGGAGCCUCUGUGCUUGGAAAGACACCGUGCUUUUACAGAGCUGGGGUGGCAAUGGACUCCCUUCCAGGGAGGACAGGGGAAAGAACAGAGGUACGUGUUAUGCCUCAGUAGAGCUGGUCAGGGAGAUACUGAAAAUCCUCCUGGGCAUCUCACUUGUAGAUACUCAUGACUCUGACAGGAUUCACGAAAAACAUAGUCAUUUCCAAACAGAGAGAUGUGAGGAAGGCACCUGACAGGGAGAAUGUACAAGCAAAGCAGCUACAUCUCCAGCGUCAGGGAUUUCCGGUCCUAUCUUCAUCCUCUGCGGCUCCAGAGAGCUGGACCUGCCCCUAAUAAGUUCCAUGAGAGGCCAUUCUUGCCUGCCUAUGUGCAGAGCCCACUGGGCUUUGGGCCUACUGCAGCUCUCCCACGUGCUGUUGGGUAGGAAGGGAGCCGUGGUCACACAGGGCUGGCAAGCCAUCUGCUGAGAGACAUGAACUUUCAGGACCAGAAUGAGGCGGCAGGAGGAUUGUUGCCAGCUUGCACUUUCUAAUUUUAGAGUUUAAAAAAACAAACAAAAAAAACCCCGACUCAUAUAAAUGGGGUCUGAAAAUUGUCUCUUGUAUACUUUUGUUUGUCACAGAUUAAUAUGCUUGAGCAAUAAACGCUAACGUGCAAAUGUG